AUCUCGUGCCGCUUUUUAGACUAAGAAGAAGAAGAAGAAGAAAAGUAGAGAAAAGUAGAUGAAAGUAGAUGAAAGUAGAUGAAAGUAAAGGAGAAAAGACGAUCAGGAGAAGAAGGUCGAGUGGCGGUGAAGGAAGAGAGAGUGAUAGUGAAGAGUGAGGGUGAUAGUAAGGGUGGGUGGGGAGUGAAUAGGGGAUGGUGAUAGAGAGGGAGAGAGGAGGCUGUCCUGAUGUGCUGCUGAUGCUGAUGCUGCUGCCGCUUCUUACUAUGGCUCGUCCUGCUUCUUCUGUCUACUCGCGCGACUUGCAGCAUCUUCGCCUGCCUUCCUUUGCCCUCGCCGGGUCUCUCACCAACAACUCUUCUGCUAAUACUUCUGCUAAUCAUAAUAACACUUCUAAUAAUGACUCGACAGUGACCUCCAUCUCAGGCCUGCUCAGGACCGCCGAAGACCAGCCAGACCAGCCAGACUCAGACACAAGACAGACAGUAACCAUCACCAAUAAGAAUGAGAAGAAGAAGGAUAAAAAGAAUACAAAAGUAGACCUGCUCAACGCCCUGAUAGCCGUCCUGACGCUGGCCCUGCUCGUCCUGCUCGUCCUCAGCUGCGUCGUGGCUCUCGGCGGAUUCAACCAUCCGUCUUCUUCUUCUUCUCCUCCUACAGGCACACAAACAGCUACAGCUUCAUCAGGCAUCGACAUCUCGCCUGGCGGGCCGGAUGAGCCGACAACAACACCAACAACUUCUGCAGCUACUGCUACAGCUACCACGGAACACGAGAGAGAGAAGCUCUCGGCCCUGAUUCCCUUUCUCACCUUUGCGGCCGGCAAGACGCUGACGAUGGACGGGCCAGACGCUGCUCAGACAGCAGGCUAACAGAUACAACUGCUGUGUUUUGUUUUGCGUACCCCAUGGGGUUCGUGUUGGGCUGGACCGAAGGAUGGGCUGGGGCUGGGGACAAGGCUGGUAUCGACUCCCUGCAGAUGGAUUAAUUUUAUUAGGAUUAGGAUUGAUUAUUGGGAUCAGAAUUUUAUCCGGUUUGCCCCUUACAUGGAACUGGUGACUGGUCGAAGGCGAAAAAGAAAAGAGUGGAGAGUGAAAAGUUUGAUCGCUGCGUCGCACAGGGCUGACCGGAUAUUACUUUUGAUUUACUUGAUGUGUAUCAGUGGCACCGAGGUCAGUCGACGAGGUCAGUCGACGAGGUCAGACUCAUACCCAAGUACGUUCAUUAACUUAUUCUCGCAAACCAUACACUUUUACCAUACUGCUCAAUAGAAAGCACAUUCCAUUGGCCUAUAACACUUUGCUACCUUGAAUACCCUUUGCCUUGGUCAUGCUAGAGACAAGGUUAGGGUAGUCAUUUCACUCCCAUCGCGCAAGCAGAGUGCCACAUCAUUUGGCCAAAGUCGCAUUUGUUCUAUAGCCCAAUGCACAGUCUCCAAUAAACACCGAAGCUUCUUGAGUCAACGCUUUGAGCCAAUUGAGAUCACCAGAAGUAAGAAGGUCAAGUUUCCCAAUACUCUCGCUCAUCGAGCUCUGCAUUUUGGACUAGCAUAUGCUCAAACUGGGGUUACCAACCGCCUGACCUCUUUCUCGGGACAUCACUGAAAGCCUCCAUUUCCCGUUGAACAAAGUAAAAUAGUCUGGAACAUCUAUCACUGAGCUCCUUAAUGAGCUGGAUAUCGCAGUGUUCAAAGGCACGCAAACUGGGGCUCAUAGCUACCCACAGUCUCCCACGAUGAACGGCAGUGGGCUGUAUUAACCUCUUGGCCCAAAUGAAACACUCAUAGUAAUAAAAAGCCAGGGGCAGGUGCGUGCCUUUACUGGAGCUGUAUCCGGCUUCCCCCUUUUAGCUCGGAAAUCGGAGGUUUUAUCCCCUGCCUAAUAGGCUAUAUGCAACCCCCUCAUAUAGGCACUUCAGCUACCACUUUCCAAUACACAAAACAGAUGCCAAACCUAUAAAACUUGCAAAUUGUAAUCUCGCGGUCCCCAGAGAUCAGAGGAAGCAAGCUAAUUUGCAAUAGUUCCGAGACGAAAUUGGUGGGGUCGUGCCAAGCCUACCCGGCAGCAAUCAAUAACCUUAUUACAGUUAGGGUUUUAAAGUUAGACUUGCCGUCCUCCGUCCGGAGUCACGAACCGCUGGACUACGUCAAGUGACACUGUGACUCUUGAAAACUAACCACGCAAGCAAACUUCUCCUGAGCUCCUUUUCUAAUUGCAACGUCCCCCUACUCAAAUCAUAUGCUGUCUUUCUUUGUAAGAAAAUAUCGAGGCUACGCGUUGAUGGCCACGCCUGAAGAGCGGUUGCUGUGGCUCAAUGCCGCCUCCAUUGUUGAUGAGAAGCUGCACGGGGUAUGUAUAUCUGGCUUCAUUACUUCUUCAUCAUGUCUGUAUCCGAUCUGAUUGUUCCCUCAGGCUCUUCUAGACGUAGUUUCUACCCAGGGUCGCUACCUUAAGCCCCGUUCUGAUACCCCCGUAUGCGAAAGAAUAUACGAUCCUCUAUUUAUUAAGAAAUUCGGAUCUCGCCUUAAUGGCUUGCUCUUUAAUUAAAGACUGCGACGCCGCAAAUA